AUGCUGGUAUCAGUCGUUGCUCUAGAUUUCCGAACGAAGGCGAUACGGCGCCUGGCUUUUGAAUCUUCAUACGCCCCCCGCAAGUCGGCCAUAGCUGGUCUGGUAAUUCUCAGUGAUCUUGGAUUUGCUCUCGGCAAUGGCGGCCUUGCAAUCGAGUUUACAAACGCAGCGUUACGCAUGAUACAAGGAACUUCAUUCAACAAUCUUGCUCUCAUUACUCCUGAACCGAUGCAAAGACUAGAGGUAGACAACUGGACAUGUACAACAAAAGCAUCAGUGUCUCUAGCUCACGAGAGCCAAGGCAGAAAAGACAUUACAUGUAGGCCAAGAAAUGAGCGCAUCGGUUCGGCUUCACACAAAACCUGCGUAGAGCAUUCUAUACAAAUAGUCGAGAUACUGAACUCUGUGUUCCACAAACUUAGGAGUGUACAGCCUUUUACCCCCACAAUACACUACAUAGCAGUUUCCAUGCAUGUGCUUCUGGAUAUAUUCAGAUCAUUUUCGUGGGACGAUGGGGAGUCAUAUGUGAUAGCGGCGCACCUGAAGUCGCUACAAACAAUCUUAGCUAGACUAGCGCCGAAAUUCGUCCCAGCUCAGCUGCUCCAGUCUUCCCUUUCCGCACUGAUGACUGAAGCCUUGGUAACGGCAUCAAUCUCCACUAAGAACUACUCGAUCAACCACAGCCAACUAGCUUGUCUACCAGUCCUAGCGUUGGAUACUGGCAAAGGGGAGACAGGCUUUUUUGGGGGAUCCACUACGGAAUCCAAUGACCCGAGCAUAUUGCGCCUUGCAGCUCUCCAUUCGCCUGAGCUUACGGGCAGAACUUUUUAG